AUGCACACACGGCCAACCCCAUUAUCGACGGGGGGCUCAUCACUGGCUUCAAAACCAUCAAAUGGAGUUGGAGGAUUGAAAGGAGAGUCGCUCAAGCUGUCGCUGCAGCCAACGACGACCUCGACCGGCUUCGUGUUUCCCUCGCUUUACUCGUUCCCUCCCUUCUUCACGUGAGUAACAGGCUAUCCUGCACAUCAAUACAAAUUCGUUGAUACUCGAUCAAACGCUUCCUGCAGUCAACAACCUACGGAAUCGACAUGGUCGCACCAACGGUCGCAAUGGACGACCUUGAUCCUCGCCUAUGCACGUCAUCACCGCAUAUUCCGAUUCGACAUCUCGGAAGCGACAUGUACACACGAACUGUUCAACAACACAGCCAUAAAGCGUACGUGUCCUGCGAGCGUUGGUGGGAGGAGGUGCCGCUUAUCGCACCGUCGACCCCCACUUACGGAGCCUCUGCCUUCUCUCGUAACAGGCCGCGUCAAUAUUCCCCUACUACGCGCCGUCCUUGACUUCAUGACCUCCUCGGGAACAGCGGAAUACGAUACCAAACCUCUGAAAGGGCAACUGCCCACGGGGGCUUUGGUGUAUUGGAAGACUCCGGACGAAUGGGCUCUGGCGAUCUAUACUUGGGUAAGGCAUGGCGUCGUGGGAAUCUAUAUCGACGAUGAAUGGAGGACCUGACUGAUUCCACUCUUGCUUACAGGUCAAGGACAAAGGCUUGACCAAUUCGAUCAUGACAUUCUGGGAGUUGACCGAGGCGAACGAGGUCGAAACCGCCGGUAGGUCUAAUUCCGAUACCCUCGCUCCGUUGUCCCGGUUGCAUCUUACAACUAAUCCAACUAAACCGUCGCUCGUUAUACUUCAGAGUUUUAUCAACUUCACGAAACGAUCCUACGCAAAGCCCUCGAGAUCCUCGCUCGGCAGGGCAAGUGUCAAGUAUUCCGAGGCGUAGGCGAGGAUGGCGACGGUGUCAAAUUUGCAUAA